GAUCAAUCAAGUACUGAUGAUGAAGAAGAAGCCAAUUAUAAAUGCUGAUCACAAAUAAUGGAACGUUGUGAUUCGUUGCCAUCCCAUUGGCAUACCAAUGAGUUAUGGUGACCACCGUUGACUCUGGACAGCAGACAGGUGGGCCGGUAAACUUUCUUUGGUAGUUGUGAAUAAAAGCCGUGGUCAGUUGCAGACUUCAGCUGCAAGUCAACGGUUGGAACAAAGAAAUUGAAAACAAAAAUUUUUUGGAAUUAAAAAAAAAAAAAAAAUUAAAAAAAUUCAAUUGAAAUUAAAAGUAAAAGUGAGAGAAAUUGAAAAGAAGAAGUGAAUAUGAAAUUUUGGAAAUGGAAAUGUUUUGGGGUGUUAAUUUUGAUAUUGGUGAUGCCAUGCCUGGUAAUGGCUAUAACAGCCACAGUGGAAAAGGAUAAAAUAUCUUCUAGUGAGGAAGCUGAGAUUCCAGAGGAGCCGGUAAAACCACCCACUGUACUGGGACUGGAGCCGGAGCAGAAAACACAGGAACCUUUAAUUGAUGUGAACUUGAAGAAGAAAUCCUCCUUGGCUGGCCUUCCAAUGGACCUGACCCUCUCCAAUAUGACCAAACUGUAUUGGGGUUUCAAUAAUGUUUUUGGAGGCUCCGCAGGAGCAGGAGCAGGAGGAGGAUCAGGCAAACCAUCCAAACCCUUGGUAGCCAAUUACAAUGAUGUUCCCGUUGUGGAAGAUGAAAGCAGUUUUGGUGGCUUCGAUCGUCAUCCCUGUCGUCGGGUGUGUCAACAAGGCAAGUCCAUGACUUGCUACUAUCGCCUCAUUGUCCACAACUACCAGACUCUGGGACCGGAAUGCCAACGUUGCAUUUAUGAACCGGCCACCUGUGAGGCGGAAAAAUGUGUCUAUGGUGAUGGGGUGCCCAAUGAAAUAAUGGCCGUUAAUCGUCAAUGGCCGGCGCCACCCUUGGAGGUGUGUGAAGGUGACACCAUUGUGGCAGAUGUUAUCAACUAUUUGACCGAGGAGACCACCAUGCAUUGGCACGGAUUGCAUAUGGCCCAGACACCGGAUAUGGAUGGGGCGCCCUAUAUUACCCAAUACCCUAUUUCUCCGGGAGAGGUGCAACGUUAUACCUUCCCUGUGGAUCGCAGUGGCAGUAAUUGGUAUCACAGCCACUAUGGGUCACAAAGAGCCCAUGGAGUGGCAGGAUCGCUGGUCAUACGUCAGACCAAGGAGAAUAAUCGCCAUGCCAAUCUCUAUGAUUAUGAUUUGAUUGAACAUACGCUGGUUAUUCAGGAUGUGGUGUACAAUGGCGAUUUGACUCGACCUCGCAAUAUUGUUAUCAAUGGCAAGGGUAGGAACCAUUUGAACUCAUGGGCCGACAAUGAUUCCCGUCAUCGUUACGAACGUCUCAAUGUCUCACCGGGUAUGCGUUAUCGCAUGCGUGUCAUUAGCAAUGGUGUCUUCAAUUGUCCCCUGGAAUUCUCCAUUGAAAAUCAUCGCCUGCUCAUGGUUUCCACCGAUGGCAAUGAUCUGCAGCCGGUGUAUGCAGAUAAAUUCUUUAUGACCUCAGCGGAGAGAUUUGAUUUCAUUUUGCAGGCCAAUCAAUAUCCCGGCAAUUAUUGGAUAAGGGUCAAGGGUUACAAUGACUGUGAGAAUUUGAAUUUAUAUCAGGGAGCUGUAUUGCAUUACCGGGGCUCAUCUCGCAGCCGGCUGCCAGAGAGGCAAAUAUCCGAUGAUCUGAAUCAGGCGAAUGAACUGAAAGCCUUACCCGCGAACUCCAUUAUUGGUGUGAAUGUUAUGGCUGAGUUGAUAACUCCGGAUAGGAAACGUGAACGUGCGGAUGUACCCACAUUGGGCCUGUCAUCGCUGACACCACUCUCCUGGCCACCGUAUACGAAAUUUUUAACGUAUUACUCAAGUUUUGGGGCCUUGCGUCUGGACAACGAAGCCUUUCUGCAGGUGGAUGACAUCACCUUUGCCUAUCCCACGGUGUCGUUGCUACAGGGACGCCAUCUAUUCAAUGAUGAUAAUUAUUUUUGUAAUCGCACUGCUUUCUAUUUGGCCGGCAUCAAUUGUCGUCGCACGAACUGUGAGUGUACGAAUGUUAUCCGAGUGCCGGCGUACAAGCCGAUUGAAUUGGUCGUGGCCAAUUAUAUGAAUACAACACAUCCCUUCCAUUCGCAUGGCUAUACGUUCCGUCUGGUUGGGCAGGAUAUUGUGGGGAACAUUAACGAUUUGAGAAAUAUUCAAGAAUUGGAUCGUCGUGGCCGCUUGAAACGUCUACCCGAUGACUUCCCAGCUGUUGAAAAGGAUUCGGUACAAGUUCCGCCAUUGGGUUAUAUUAUUCUACGUUUUAUCAGUGAUAAUCCCGGUUUUUGGACCUUACACUGUCACAUUGAGGGUCAUGCGUUGCAGGGAAUGACGGCUGUCAUGAAAGUCGGAGAAAAUCAUCAAAUCAAAAAGAUAACACCGAAACUUAUGUGUUAGAAGAGCAGUAUGAAAUUUUAACCAAUUGUUAAGUUAUUUAUUUGUUAAAUAUUAUAUGAAGAU